AUGGACGCCUUAGAGGGUGCAACCGUGUCAGUUGACUCGGUAGCGUUUAGCUUCUUAACUGAUGAAGAGGUUCGGGAGCAUAGUUUUAUAAAGAUUACGAGCGCAAGAUUGCUUGAUACUUUAGACAAACCUGUGCCUGGUGGGUUAUAUGAUCCAGCAAUGGGGCCACUACGGGAUGAGCCUAUGAACAUCGUUGUUAAAGUAGUGGGAAGUGGAGUAUUCUGGCAAGAAUAUGAACUUGGUAUUAACCUUAAGGAGUUGUGUGGUAGUCGUAUAAUUCAACCACCAGAAAUGACUUAUCCUUUUCAUGUCUCUGUCGCAUUGUUGAUGCAGUUUGUUAAUCAUUUUAUUGCAGUUGCAAAACAUGUGGCCAACGUUCAACUAAUUGUUCAGGUUGAGAAAUUUGUUUCUCAAUUGGAACUCAUCAUAAAAGGUGAUGUUGUUGGGGCUAAAAGGUUGGAUUCACUCUCGCCAAGUGAAGCCUCAUUGUCAGACGACAGUGAUGGCAGCAGUGAAUCUUGUUCUACAAUUCAUUCAGGAGCACAGUGUCCAAACAAUGAGCAGUCAAAGCCGAUCGAAUGGACCUCCCUUCAGUUAUCUGAAGCAAUGUCUGUCUUAAAUAAUUUUCUGAAGUUGGAAUCAAAGAAGUGCAAGAACUGUUCAACGUCAAAUCCUAAGAUUCGCAAGCCUACUUUUGGUUGGUUUCAUUGGGGUGGUUUGUCAAGUGCAGCUAUUAGAUCAAAUCUGAUUAGACAGCAUACAAUUGGAGGACCAUUUGGUGGUGCAUUUGAAGAGUUGGCAGUUGCAGAGGAUGCAACUGAACCUCCUAGCAGCAAAGAGUCUGCCAUAAACAGGAAUGUGAAAAGACAGCAGAAAUUGCAACAUCAGUUCACAAGCCAGAAUGAUGCCUUGUCCUCACAGUUAUUACCAUCAGAAGUGAUGGAUAUUUUAAAGCUUUUGUGGAAAAAUGAAGCUCAACUCUGCUCUUUGUUAAGUGACAUUCAGCAGCAAGGAGUUGGAAAGAAAAAGGCAGGACCUUCUAUGUUCUUUUUGAACACUGUUUUAGUACCUCCAAUCAAAUUCAGGCCUCCAACCAAAGGAGGUAACUCUGUGAUGGAACAUCCUCUAUCUGUUUUGCUGAGCAAGGUGCUGGAAUUGAAUGGAUCUUUGGCAGAUGCCCAUAGAAGCAACGAUUUCUCAUUAAUAGCUAGGCGAUGGUUGGAACUUCAGCAAUCUAUAAAUGUCUUGUUUGAUUCCAAAACGGCCAAGGGUUUAGAGUUCCUUCAUAAUCCUGGGAUAGUGGUAGACUGGAAGAGUAGGCAGAACACCAUGCAACUAUUUUACCUGCUGUUCCUGCUAUGUCAAAAGGAUGUGAUUUCUGGAAUAUGCCAGUUACUUGAGAAAAAGGAGGGUAUGUUUCGGCAGAAAAUGAUGGGAAAGAGGGUUAAUUAUGCAUGCCGUUCUGUUAUUUCCCCAGAUCCUUAUUUAGAUGUUAACGAAAUUGGAGUUCCUCCAUGCUUUGCUGUAAAGUUAACAUAUCCUGAGAGAGUGACGCCGUGGAAUGUUGCCAAAUUGAGAAAUGCCGUAAUCAAUGGCCCUGAAAGUCAUCCUGGAGCUACACACUAUGUGGAUAAACUGUCUACUAUUAAACUGCCACCAAGCCGAAAAAUGCGUAUUUCUGUAGGAAGAAAAUUAUAUGGGAUGAGUUCUGAUUAUGAAGAAGGGAAAAUUGUAUAUCGCCAUUUGCAAGAUGGAGACAUUGUGCUUGUCAAUCGACAGAAGAAUGUGGUUUGUGCGCGUGGGUAUCUCUGGAGAUAUGUUCACACGGCAGCGAUGCCUGGAGAUUCCUUCACAUACAAUGCUGAUUUUGAUGGCGAUGAAAUGAAUGUCCAUUUCCCACAAGAUGAAGUUUCUCGGGCUGAAGGUUACAACAUUGUUAAUGCAAAUAAUCAAUAUGUCAGGCCUUCCAACGGUGAACCAAUUAGAGCCUUGAUUCAGGAUCAUAUUAUUAGUGCUGUGCUUCUUACAAAGAAGGACACUUUUUUGACGGAGGAUGAAAUAUAUCAACUACUUUAUAGUUCUGGUGUGUCAAAUGCACGGCCAACAUCUUUCAGUGGCAAACCUGGCCGGAAAGUUAUAUUUUUAAGUUAUGAAGAUGAGAUUCAGACCCUUGAUCCUGCAAUAAGGAAACCCAUUUAUCUAUGGUCAGGAAAACAGGUCAUUACUGCUGUGUUGAAUCACAUUACAAGGGGUCAUCCACCAUUCACUGUUGAAAAAAGUGGGAAGCUCGCAUAUGAUUUUUUUAAGAGUAGAAUUAAGAAAGACAAAUCUAGCAACGGAAAAAAAUUUGGUGUAAACAAACCAAUGAAGGUUAAAGAGUCUGGGAAAGUUAAUCCAAAGGAAAAACAGCUUGAAGAUGAUAAGAUGAUUAUCUCUAGGAAUGUAUUGGUCCGAGGGGUGAUUGACAAGGCACAGUUUGGUGAGUAUGGUUUGGUGCAUACAGUUCAAGAACUGUUUGGCUCAAAUGCAGCUGGCACUCUGCUCUCUGUGUUCAGUCGUUUAUUUACAGCUUAUUUGCAGAUGCAUGGAUUUACAUGUGGAGUUGAUGAUCUUUUGAUAAUGAAAACUAAAGAUGAUGAAAGGAAAAAGCAACUUGAAAACUGUGAAAAGAGUGGGGAACCGGUUCAUCGUAAAUUUAUUGGAAUUAAGGAUGAGAACAUUAAGAUCGGUCCAUUGGAAUUACAACUGAAUAUUGAGAAAACUAUACGUAGUGAUGGGGAGUCUGCCUUGACAUAUCUGGAUAGGCAGAUGACAAAUGAACUAAAUUCCAAAACAAGUUCAGGAGUCCUCAAUGAGCUGUUGUCUGAAGGGUUGCUAAAACCCUCUGGAAAUAAUUGUAUAUCGCUUAUGACUACAUCUGGGGCUAAAGGUAGCAAGGUCAAUUUCCAACAGAUAUCUUCUUUUCUGGGCCAACAGGAGUUGGAAGGUAAAAGAGUCCCUCGAAUGGUUUCUGGAAAGACUUUGCCCUGCUUUCAUCCAUGGGAUUGGGCAGCUCGUGCUGGAGGCUAUAUUAUCGAUCGUUUUCUCACAGGUCUUCGUCCUCAAGAAUAUUAUUUCCAUUGUAUGGCUGGUCGUGAAGGGUUGGUUGAUACAGCUGUCAAAACAUCUCGCAGUGGCUACCUCCAAAGAUGCCUGAUUAAAAAUCUCGAGUGCCUGAGAAUCAGCUAUGAUCAUACAGUUCGUGAUGCUGAUGGCUCGAUUGUUCAAUUUUACUAUGGGGAAGAUGGUGUGGAUGUUCAUCAAACGGGUUUUAUUGCUAAAUUUGAAGCAUUGGCAGCAAAUCGAGAAAUAAUAAACGAAAAGAGUGAUGAGCUUGGCACAUUUAAUGCUUAUAUUUCGGAAUUGCCUAAAGCUCUUAAAGAAAAAGCAGAAACAUUCCUACGUAAUAUUGCAAAGGAGCAGAGUUCUUUACGUGAUCCCACAAAGGAUAAUUUAGCAGAACAUGAGUUCUAUAAGUUACUGAAGCAAAAGUUUUUCCUGAGUCUUGCACAACCAGGAGAACCAGUUGGUGUCCUUGCUGCUCAGUCUGUAGGAGAACCAUCAACACAGAUGACAUUUGAAUUUCAAAUGCAUGUAGGAGUUGGUGGUUAUAUGGGUUUUUGCCUGGAGAUUAUGGUGUUAGAGUUGGCUGAUGGAAAUAGAAACAAUGGGUUGUUCAUAUGGCUGAACACUUUCCAUCUAGCCGGGCGUGGUGAAAUGAAUGUAACACUUGGAAUUCCGCGUCUUCAAGAGAUUUUGAUGACUGCUUCAGCUGAUAUCAAGACUCCAAUCAUGACCUGUCCCUUGCAAGAAGGGAGAACAAAAGAGGAUGCUGAGCUUCUUUCUGAUAAGUUGAAGAAGGUGACUGUAGCAGAUAUAGUAGAGAGUAUGGAAGUAUCUGUCAUGCCAUUUGCUGUUCAGAAUGAUGAUAUUUGCAGAAUUUAUAAGCUUAAAAUCAAGCUUCAUACACCAGCGCACUACCCACAACAUGCUAAUAUAUCGAUAGAAGAUUGGGAAGAAACCCUUGAGGUGGUGUUUGUGAGGGAGUUGGAGGAUGCUAUACAAAAUCAUCUGGUUUUGCUUUCUAAAAUUAGUGGCAUUAAGAAUUUUUUGAAGGAAUCGCAUUCAGGGGCUCCAAUUGAAGCAGAAGAAGAUGUUUCUGGCAAUAUAUCACAUGAGGGAGAAACCAAUGAUGAUAGCGAUGGUGAAGAAAGUGAAGGGGCUGAUGAUCUAGGUUUAGAUGUGAAGAAAAGAAAACAGCAAGCUACAGAUGAGAUGGAUUAUGAUGAUGGUUCUGAGGGUGGACUGACUGAAGAUGAAGGGGAUUCAUCAGUAAGCCAGGCUCUGUCUGGAUCUGAAAGUGAAACUGAAUCAGCUGAUAAUGAAACUGGGAUCCACAACAAUGAUAUGGUUGACAAUGACACUGGAAAUUUUGAAAAUCCAUCACAUCUUGGAAAUAAGUCUAAGCCAAAGUCAAGGAAGAAAACCUCAGAAAGUUCAUCACAAGUCGAAAUGCAUUCUAAGCUAAAGUCAACAGAAAAGAAGAAACUAAAAGCUAAGAGAAAGAAAGUUAGAUCGAAGUUAGUUAAGAAGGACUUUGAUAGAGCAAUCUUUGUGGCAGCCAACGGAUUGCACUUUGAAAUCCAUCUUAAAUUCACCAAUGAACCUCAUAUUUUGCUGGCAGAGUUUCUGAUAGCUCUUUCUGUUUACAAUCUGGUUGGUGCUGAAAUUUAUGUUUAUGUUUUUCUUCUUCAAGCAUUAGUUGAGAUUGAGAUGAAUAUGAAGCUAUAUUCAAUAUGCAUUGCAACUUGGAUUGCUCAGAAGACAGCCAAGAAGGUCUGUAUCCAGAAUCCUGGGAAGGUUCAAAGGUGUCAAGUGACUGACUGUAAAGAAAAUCAAGUGAUUUUCUAUGGAAAAGACCCCAAGAAAAGAGUUGAUAUUGAACCUGGAGAAAAACAAAAAAUUCCGGCAUUGCAUACGACUGGAGUGGACUUCAAUACAUUUUGGAAAAUGCAAGAUCAUCUUGAUGUUAGGUAUAUGUAUUCCAACAGCAUUCAUGCUAUGCUGAAAGCUUAUGGAGUAGAGGCUGCAAGAGAGACCAUCAUUAGGGAAAUAAAGCACGUAUUCAAUUCUUAUGGAAUAUCUGUCAAUACACGGCAUUUGUCACUUAUUGCUGAUUAUAUGACCCAUACCGGUGAGUACCGCCCAAUGAGCCGUAGUGGAGGCAUAUCGGAGUCAAUAUCACCUUUAAGUAAAAUGUCCUUUGAGACCGCAUCCAAAUUCAUAGUUGAAGCAGCAUUGCAUGGGGAGGUCGAUAAUUUGGAAGCUCCAUCUGCCAGGGUUUGUCUUGGAUUGCCAGUGAAAAUGGCAGGGGUUGAAGAAUCGGUUGAAGUUGAGACAAAAUUGGCUGCUGAUUCGAAAGCUAACUCAGGAGCAACCAAAGUUAGUAUCAGGGCUGAUAAUGAGUUGAAAAGGCAGAGGCAGCAUUUCUUCCACAAUUCUGCUCACCUAGAUUCUUCGAAGGCAUUUUCCUUUACAUUCUUUGCCCAGUGGAUGACAAGAGUCCAAUUUCUCGCUGCUGAUGAGAAUCCCACAGGUGGUGUUCUUGGUGGAAUUGUUGGGCGGGCAUUUUGUACGACCGCCACUUUUGAUGAUUUAAAGAGCUUGGCAUCUUAA